AUGUCUACAGCGGUCAUGGAGGACAUCUGGAGAUAUUCUCAGCCGAUAGACCCGGAGGCAGUCAAGAAGACGCCAUCUUUCACGACCUUGCCUGUCCGCGUCAAUAAGCGAGAGGAUGUGGCAAAUGAUGCAACCAACAGAUCUCUCCGGGAAUGGGAUGAGGCUCUUCAUGAUGGUCUGGCCGACAGAGUAUUAGUUUCUUUCAGUGACCUCGGAAAUCUGGGAGCAUUUGCUUACCCAGAAGCGUCUGCGGACAGACUGCUCAUUUUAACCUAUCUUACCGAUUUAGGGAUGCUUCACGACGAUGGCUACGAAGCUAUGGACAUGGAUUCCGCAAGGAUAGAACACCGUGAACUCGGACUUCUGUUCGACCCAAACAAACAGUAUCAGCCAACUUCUGGCACCCGAGCUCCCAAAAUAAAGAAGCUCGUGUCAAAGAUAUUGCUAGAGGCCAUUGAUAUUGAUCACGACAUGGGAAUGUACAUGUUUGAUAUGUACAACAAAGGGUGGCUGGCUGUUGCUGGAAAUGCCAAAACCUGGCAGUUUGAUUCCAUUGAGGAUUAUCAAGCAUACAGGAGAAACGACUUUGGAGCUACGGCUUUCUGGGCAAUGACGGAGUUUGCAGUCGGCGUGCGGCUAUCAGACGACGACAGGAAGCUCAUCCAACCCGUCAUGGAGCCAAUCGAAAAAGCAGUUGUUUGGACCAAUGACUACUGGAGCUUUGAUCGCGAGAAUUACGAGGCAGCAGUCAACGGAAGUCGACUAGUCAAUGUGGUGGAGGUAAUUCGUCGCGUUGGGAAUUUAUCCGUUGACGAGGCGAAAGCCGAGGCUCGUCGGUUAUUAGUCGAUACCGAAAAGGAAUACACCGACAGGAAGGACGUGCUUUAUGCCCAAAACCCGUCGAUUUCCCCAAGCCUGAAGAGGUGGGUGGAGUUGGUAGGCGCUAUCGUCGGCGGGACACAUUAUUGGGCCAGCAGCGCCCCCCGGCACCGAGCCUGGCACAAUAAAGAUAUGGCCAAAUCUGCCGAUGGCCCAGUGGUCGAUACUCGACCAUUUCCAAGCCAUUCGGAAGGGCAGCAUGCUCUUAAUGAGGAUUUGAACGAUCUUAACUCGAACAGUGGUAGUCCCAGCAGCCAGCAACCAUCCCAAAUCAAACCAUCUGAUUGCGGAAGCCCCAACAACCAGCCAGGAAGUGUGUCGGUGUCGUCAACAGCUGGGACAGUUCGAAAGGUAGAAGAGAAUGGCGCGCCGCUUCAAUCUGACGGAUCGCACAAGGUACGAAAGGUAGAAGAGAAUGGCGCGCCGCUUCAAUGUGACGGAUCGCACAAGCUCCCGGAACUCAAAUGGUCUAAACCGGCCAAUACAGCUCUCCAGGCGCCCAUUGACUACAUCUGUGGCAUGCCGUCCAAAGGAGUGCGAUCCACAUUAAUUGACGCCUUCAACUACUGGUUGAAGGUGGAUGAAACAACAUUGGAAAAUGUCAAGGAGCUAGUUGGCUUUCUUCAUAACGCAUCUCUGAUAUUGGAUGAUAUCGAGGAUUGCUCCCCUAAGCGACGGGGUAUGCCAGCCACACACGUUCUCUUCGGCCAAUCCCAAGUGAUCAACAGUGCCAACUACAUGUUUGUUCGAGCAGUACAAGCCGCACGCCAGUUCCACAACCCGAAAGCUGUGGAAAUCCUGCUGGAAGAGUUAGAAAACCUCUAUCUCGGUCAGAGCUGGGAUUUGCACUGGAAGUACAAUCUCACCUGUCCCUCCCCCGACGAAUAUAUGAAUAUGAUUGACAACAAAACGGGUGGAAUGUUCCGUCUUCUGCUCCGACUCAUCCAAGACGAAACGAGUCAGGACCUACUUCCCGUAUUCGACCGGCUAAUCACCGCGUUUGGACGGUUUUUCCAAAUCCGCGAUGAUUAUAUGAAUCUCUGUGAUAUUUCAUAUGCUAAGCAGAAAGGGGAAUGUGAAGACCUCGACGAAGGCAAAUUCUCGUACCCGAUUGUCUAUUGUGCUGCAACCCAUCCCGACUUCAAAUCCCUGAUCAACGGUCUUUUCCGGCAACGGCCCGCAUCAAGCACCAUUGGCGUGCAACCGCUACCUUCAGAGAUCAAGCAAUAUGUUGUCGAGUUCCUCCAGUCAAGCAGUACAUUCCAACAUUGUCGAGAGCAUCUAAUUGAUUUGGAACGAUUGAUCUUGGAGGAGAUUAGCAAGAUUGAAAACACAACACAGGAAACGAACCCUGUUUUACGGCUGUUGGUGCAGAAGCUUAGUCUGCAAGAGCAUUAA